AUGGAGGCUUUAGAGGAGGUGCUUUCAUGCCCAGUGUGCUUGGAGCUGUUCACCCCACCAGUACUGGUCCUGGUCUGUGCUCACAAUUUCUGCAAGCAAUGCCUGGAAAAGAUACUCACUAUCCAGAACUGUACUCAUGUCAAUGGACACUUCUGCUGUCCUAUAUGCAGGAAAGUCAUAUAUUUAAGGGGUAGAGGAAUACCGGGAUUACAAAGAAACAUUCUGGUUGAAGGCAUACUUGAAAAAUUUAAGGAUGUACUUGAAAACAUUCGUGCCCAGGAGCAAAAACAGCUGUCCCAAGUAUGUGAAAAACAUGAGGAAUAUAUGAAUGUGACAUGUGUGACUGAUGAUGAACCAAUAGGUGCAAUCUGCAAACUCUUUGGAACCCAGGAGCACCGCAGCGUUGCACAAGUGCUUCAGAAAUCUGAAGACAGGCCACAAACUAGGAAGGAAGCAGAAAAGCUUAUCAAUGGACUCACAUCCAGUACUAUUGACAUCCAGGUGAUGAUAGAUACAGUUGGGACCAGUUUGCUGAAUGGAAUAAGCUGCAGAAUUGCAGCAUUAAAAGCAAAAUUACAGGAAGACUACUAUACAAAAUUAGAGAAACUGCAACCAGCAUCAAGUGAAACUGAACCCCCCAUGCAGCUUUAUCAACAAAUGAAAGCUUUCCUGGAACAGCAUUCAAAUUCAGUACAAUUUCUUCAGGAGGAUAAAAAAUUCAAGGAAAAAACAGAACAAAUUAUAGAAGGAAGCUCAUUCUGUCAGGUUCCUACAAAGUAUAAGAUUUCCAUGAAACAAUACUUUGAAGAGUUAAUCAGAGGAAUCAAUAUCAAGGAUUACCUCUCUCCUACAGCAAAUAAAGCCUUUCCCAGUACCUCUGACCUACGCGAAGCAUGCAUGCCCCUAGGUCCUGCUUUUGACUUUUCAGGUGAAAGUCCAGAUCAGACCUUCUGCAGAAGAGUACUGGGUGUAUUUGAGAAAACAAAUGAUAUGGAACAAGAUUGUUCAGAAAAGCAUCCUACCAUGCCUGCAACAACACACCAAACAGUAACCAACCCUCUUGAAAGUUAG